UGUAAAUUCUAAAUUUCACUAUUCGAAUUAUUUAAUGUUCAAAACAUGUCUCACACCUCCCAAAACAUUACUAGGGAAUAUUUGGUUGCAUCCAAUGCCGAACUCAAAGCUCAAGUUGAGUAUUUAGCCAAACAACUGGCUCAACUCACCAAGUUGAAAGUGAGCAUGGUCCAAACUCCAGAGGAAAGCGAAGAUGAGCAAGAAGAAGACGUCCAAUCAGGAGUUCCUUCUCCCACCAUAAGGAGAAACAACCAAGAGAAGUCUUCCUCUGAUUUCAAGGUUGAAAUCCCAACCUUUGAUGGCAAGGACGACCCCGAUGAUUUCAUCGAAUGGUUAGAGACGGUUGAACACGCCUUUGACUAUGCCGAAGUUUCUGAAGACAAGAAGGUCAAGUUGAUAUCCUUGAAGUUUAGAGGCUAUGCUUCCACGUGGUGGGCUAACACUACCACCAAACGCGGAAGAGAAGGAAAAGCCGUCGUGAGAACGUUGACAAAGAUGAUGGCCCUUUUGAAGAAGAAGUUUAUCCCCACUCACUAUGUGAGGGAGAAGUUUGCUAGGCUUCAACACUUGAGGCAAGGCAACCGGUCCGUAGAGGAGUACAACCAAGAGUUCGAGGAACUCUUGAUGAGGUGUGACCUUCAAGAGAACGAUUCACAAAUGUUUGUGAGGUACCUAUUUGGCCUAAACACCCAAAUAGCCAACACCGUGGAGCUGCAAAUGUUCGAAAGUCUUGAAGAGCUAACUAAGUUAGCGUUGAAAGUGGAAGCCCAACUCAAGAAAGGCAAGGCCCAUUUGAACCGAACAUCUACCCCGUAUCAACACCCAAACAACUCCUCUCCAAACAGUCCACACGCCACCCCACAAGAUGCCCAAAAUCCCACGCCCACUUCAUUCCAAAACUCCAGGCCCGUUCACCCCACUCCCCCGCCAAACCCGUCCACCCCUUCAAAACCAAAAUUCUGCCAAAUAAUGGAUUAACCUCGGUGACAAUCGAUUAUCAUUCACCAUUGAAACACCUGCAACCUUCUACAAUCGACUGUCACCUUUGGCAAUCGAUUAUCAGUCCUCUUUUGAAACACCCGCAGCCCUCAGAAAUCGAUUAUUAUAGUCUGAUAAUCGACUAUCAGCACUCCCUUAAAAUUCUGCGAAUUUCUCAGGAGAAACCGAACCCCCCUUGACAAUCGAUUAUCUAACCUGUACAAUCGAUUAUCCUCCAAUACUGCAAAUUAAAGAGCCUUGUCCUCAAGUUCUAGCUUAAUACAGACAAACCCGGAGCUUAUAUAUAACAAAUUUUUCCGGCGAGUGACAGUACACGUACAACGUAUUCGGAAAAUUAAAGGCCAGAUCAAUUGGAGAAAGGAAAAUCGCAAGAUUUUAUAGAAAUCCGAGGUGGAUGUAGAGUGAUAGUUCAAAGUUCCUUUACAGAACUGCAUAAUAGCAACAACCGGAUGCAGUGGUUCUUGCUGGAGAAAAUCUAAGACUUGAUCAACAUACAAGCUCCAUAAUGUGCAAGAAAUUCUUUCACCACUACAUGUAGAGGUCAGUUUUCACGUAAUGCAUAUAAAAUAAUAUGUAAGAAAAAGUGAAAAAAAACAGUUUAAUAUGUAAUCUAAAUCUUUAAGGCAAAUAUCCAUCACUCUAACUUGGACUCCACUUUUUCCAAUUCUUUGAGUGGGUGGUUGAUCAACAUUCAAUAAGCCAAUAACAUCUAAAGGACAGUCAAGGCACUAUUGUCAAUAAUAAUAUUUAUUUCUACUUAUGACAAUAUUAUUUCUUAAGUUAAUUGUUGUGUUACCAAACAUGGGUCGAUACUGAAUAUCCAUGGCGUCAUUCAGGGCUUUGAAAUUUUGAAAUCUGAACACUGUUUCUGGGAAUUCUUCAUCAUUGACAUCUGUUAUAAGUGUGGCUUUAACAAAUGAUAGUUUGUAUGGAUGGUCCGUCACAUUUUGUGUAUUCCUUGAGACAAUGCGAUUUUGUAUUCCAUGCACUUGUCCCUCUUUUAAUAAAGGCUUGUAGUGUCCCAUUAAUGGCUUCUCACAAGAUGCAUGUAUACAAUUUCCCUUCAGAUUAUAACAAUAUUACAAACUGCACAACAAAUUUGAGAAGCACAAAAUACACGUUUUGAAAUUGUAUAUGCAUACUUGUUCAUCUUGGAAAAUAGCUUUGUGUCCAUAUAUUGUGUAACACCCCAACCCGCAUGACCCAAACCCGUGAGACAGCGGACCGGUGUGUCACUGAAUUGGUAUCCGAAUUUGCGACAUUUUCAAAACAAUUUUAAACAAACGUUCUAUCAAUACAUAUAAAAAUUCAUCGGAGUAAUUUAAAAUAAUGCGGAAGCCUUUUUAAAGUCAAACAACUUGGGAUCUUGCCCGAAAACGUAAUAAGCAUUAAAGUUAAUUAAAUAAAGCAUAUCAGCAGAUUAAAGAGACAGCCACGCCAUCAUACAUCUCCUCCUCAAUGCCUUCUGGGAUCGGCUCUAGGUUCAUCUGUCUGAUCACCUACGGAUAGCAAAAAGGAAAACAACGCUAUCCGCUCAGCAUUGACGCUGAGUGGUACUCCAUUGUAGCACAAGAAUAAACAUAAUAAUUCAACAAUUAAGAUCGUGCAUAUGUUUAUCCUUUUAAUAAAAAUCAAUUCAACUUUACAUUCGGUUCUUUAGACGGU